CUCCCGCCUAAAGCGCGCCAGCUCUUCUCGGCGUGGCGGAAGUGACGUCACGACGUCAACAUGUAAGAUGGCGACGCACCACAGGCAGAAUGCAGCGGGGCGCAGGAAAGUGCAGGUGUCGUAUGUGAUCAGAGACGAGGUGGAGAAGUAUAAUCGUAACGGAGUCAACGCACUUCAGCUGGAUCCGGCUCUGAACCGGCUCUUCACCGCCGGGAGAGACUCCAUCAUCAGGAUCUGGAGCGUGAACCAGCACAAGCAGGAUCCGUACAUCGCAUCGAUGGAGCAUCACACAGACUGGGUCAACGACAUCGUCCUCUGCUGCAACGGGAAAACACUGAUCUCCGCGUCGUCAGACACCACGGUGAAGGUCUGGAACGCACACAAGGGCUUCUGCAUGUCCACACUGAGAACACACAAGGACUAUGUUAAAGCAUUGGCGUACGCUAAAGACAAAGAGCUGGUGGCUUCAGCAGGACUGGACCGACAGAUCUUUCUCUGGGAUGUGAACACACUGACCGCGCUGACCGCAUCCAACAACACCGUCACUAGUUGUACAGCGUCUUCUCUCAGUGGGAACAAGGACUCCAUCUACAGUCUGGCCAUGAAUCAGAUGGGGACGGUUAUAGUGUCAGGAUCCACCGAAAAGGUUCUGAGAGUGUGGGACCCACGAACCUGUGCCAAACUGAUGAAACUGAAAGGACACACAGACAACGUCAAAUCCCUGCUGCUCAACCGAGACGGGACUCAGUGUCUCUCGGGGAGCUCAGACGGGACGAUCCGGCUCUGGUCUCUGGGUCAGCAGCGGUGUAUCGCCACGUACCGCGUUCACGACGAGGGCGUCUGGGCGCUGCAGGCCAAUGAUGCCUUCACACAUGUUUAUUCUGGAGGACGCGACUGUAAGAUAUACUGCACAGAUCUACGCAGUCCUGACAUCCAUGUGCUGAUCUGUGAGGAGAACGCUCCUGUGCUGAAGAUGGAGCUGGACAGAUCCGCUGAUCCACAUUCAGCCAUCUGGGUGUCCACCACCAAGUCCACGGUUAAUAAGUGGUCUCUGAAGGCUGUGCUCGGUCUGCGAACAUCUGGUGAUUAUGAGAACGACUGCAGUGCUCCGCUGAUGCCGCUCUGCACUCAGACCGAGCAAGUCAUCAAAGGUGGCGCCAGUAUUAUCCAGUGCAACAUUCUGAACGACAAGCGACACAUUCUGACCAAAGACACCAACAAUAGCGUGGCGUACUGGGAUGUGCUGAAGGCCUGUAAAGUGGAAGACCUGGGCAAGACAGAGUUUGAUGAAGAGAUCAAGAGAAGGUUCAAGAUGGUUUAUGUGCCGAACUGGUUCUCGGUGGAUCUGAAGACUGGGAUGCUGACCAUAACGCUGGACGAGAGCGACUGCUUUGCAGCCUGGGUUUCUGCUAAAGACGCUGGCUUCACCAGCCCUGACGGAUCUGACCCCAAACUGAAUCUGGGAGGACUGCUGCUGCAGGCUCUGCUGGAGUAUUGGCCUCGCACUCACAUUAACCCCUCGGACGACGAGAGCGAAGCCAAUCACACGAUUGGAGAAAACUCUCAACUCUUUCUGACAUCAUCAUCACUAAAAUGUGCUGAUCUGGCCACCAAGAAACACAUAGAUGCUGUGAACGGCGAGCACGAGAGCCGGAUACAGAAAGGAAACGGAUAUUUCCAGGUGCCUCCGCACACGCCGGUGAUCUUCGGUGAAGCGGGAGGACGGACGUUGUUCAGGCUGCUGUGUCGAGACUCCGGUGGAGAAACCGAGUCCAUGUUACUGAACGAGACGGUCCCGCAGUGGGUCAUCGACAUCACCGUGGACAAAAACAUGCCAAAAUUCAACAAAAUCCCAUUCUACCUCCAGCCCCAUUCGUCCUCCGGAGCGAAGACGUUAAAGAAGGAUCGUCUGUCGGCCAGUGACAUGUUACAGGUGAGGAAGGUGAUGGAGCACGUUUAUGAAAAGAUCAUCAACCUGGACAGCGAGUCUCAGACGGGCGCUUCGUCCGCAGAGAAGCCCAGCGAACAGAAAGAGGAGGAGGACAUGGCAGUGCUAGCGGAGGAGAAGAUCGAGCUGCUCUGCCAAGACCAGGUUCUGGAUCCCAACAUGGACCUGCGAACGGUGAAGCACUUCAUCUGGAAGAGCGGCGGUGACCUGAUGCUCCACUAUAGGCAGAAAUCCACAUGAAGCCCCGCCCCUUCUGACUCCGCUCGCAAUGCAUUCAAAGCACACGCUCACCUGACGUCUACAUCAUCUUCCUCACACGCACGAUUAUCCGAGUGUAGACGGGAAGGAGGAUCGGUGGAAGAAACACUGGCGAAUGUCAAAAAGAGUGUUUUAAUAUUUUUGCCACAUGUAAGGUUUUUAUUCUUUUUUUUCUGGGCAUGAAUUCUCUCUUUACCACCUCGUUUCACAUUCCACUGGUGUGUUUGUUAAACAAUGACGUCAUCGAAUCGAGUCGAAGCCGAGGAACUGGUUUUAAAACCAUCGUCUGUGUCGAAACGCGUCAUCUGAGGAAGCUCCAAGGACUCCAUUUCCCAUGAUGCAUCUCUCCCUCUCACUGACAUCAUGUGAUCAUCAGUGCAUCCGUUUUGUACAUAUAUUGUAAUUAUUUUGUAGUCGACUUGAACAUGAGUUGGAGAUUAGGAGGUUUUUAUUUGCAUUUCUUUUUAAGAAAAUGUAAGGUAUCUUCAAAAAGGUGCUUUUUCAUGUAAAAUAUGACAAAAACUAAAUUAUAUUUAAAGGAAUAGUUUCACUGAAAUUAAAAUCUGAUUAACCUCAGGCCAUCCCAGAUGAGUUUGUUUCUUCAUCAGGUUUGGAGAAAUGCAGCAUUGCAUCAGUGUCUCAUCAGUGGAUGCUCUGCAGUGAAUGGGUGCCGUCAGAAUGAGAGUCUGAUAAAAACAUCCCAAUAAUCCACGUCACUCCAGAUGUUCACUGAUGGACUGGAUCACUUGUGGAUUAUUGUGAUGUUUUUAUCAGACUCUCAUUCUGACGGCACCCAUUCACUGCAGAGCAUCCAUUGCAAUGCGUCAUCUCUGGCCUGAGGAUGAGGACACCUUCAGAACAUUUUCAUUUUCGAGUGAACUACUUUAAAAGGAAUAAUUCACCCAAAAAUGAAUAUUAUUUACAUAUGCUGAACAUUUUAAAUAACGGUAUGCUGUUGUAAUAUAGAAAUAUUUCCAUGAAGAUUAUAUACAAAAAAAAAAACAA